AUGCACCACGGACAUCGCGGUCCUGCUGGGCCCUGGGAUGGCACAGAGCUGGCACGGAGGGGCUGACCCGGCCGGGGGGCACACCCUGGGUGCCAGGCUGUGAGGACGGGCCGUGCUGCCCGCUGCUCUCCUGCUAAAGGCAGUCACAGCCUCUAUUAGAGCCCGUCCCUGGCUCGUCACCGCGGCGGGAGGUGAAGGCCAGCGGGGCUGACAAUGGGAACAGAGGGAGGGCCGGGACAAGGACGCGCAGCUCGGGGUGCCCAGCCCUCCGCGGCGGCUGGCACGGUGGGUGCUGCCCCUGCCCUUCCCUCCCCUCCUUCUUUCCCAAAGGCGGGCGGGAGCCCUGUGCCUCCCCUCGUGACUGCGAUAAACAUUACACCGAGGCCAUUAAUGUUUAAUGAGGUUUGUCUCCCAAUUAAUGCGCGCUCCCGUGGGUGCCCACUCGCAGAGCGAGGCGCCCGCCGCAGCCGGACACGCCGAGGCCAUGGGUGACGAGCAAGUGCCCGAGCAGGGCCAGGACAGGUUCAGCUACGACUAUGACACCAUCCGCAACGGGGGGCUGAUCUUCGCCGUGGUGGCUUUUGUCAUUGGGCUCCUCAUCAUCCUCAGCCAGCGCUUCCACUGCGGAGGGAGGAAGAAGAGGAGGCAAGGCAGCGAGGAGGAGCUGUAGGUGCAGUCCCAGGGCUGUGAUGCCACCAUGGAAGCAGAGCUGCAGCCGAAGCCCAGCGCUCCUGGCCAGCGGCCACCCUCACCCCGCUCCACUGGACCCAUUACCCGGCACGGCCAGAAGGCAAAUUGCCCUCGUGCUUCCCCCUCUCUUAGACCCAGCGAGAGUUUCUUGGCUAAUAAAGUUCAAGCUCCCAGAGGUUAAA